AUGUUCCUCGAACCCUCAGCGGCUACAACCCCCGAUCCCACUCCCUCUGCUUCAUCCUCCUCCUCUUCUUCAGCACCCCAGGACCAAUCGGCAGCAUUCAACCCAGAGACAGGCGAGAUCAACUGGGACUGCCCUUGUCUCGGAGGUAUGGCCCAACCUCCUUGUGGAGACGCCUUCAAGGAGGCCUUCUCUUGCUUUGUGUUCUCUACCUCCGAACCAAAGGGAUAUGACUGUGUCGAAAAGUUCCAGGCCAUGCAGGAGUGUUUCCGUGCCAACCCUGAGGUUUAUGCCGAUCAAUUGGAUGAUGAUGACGAGGAGGAGGAUAAGAAAGAGGACAAGAAGGAAGAGUCUAAGUCCGAUACUGAACUGACCAAGAGCGUGUAA